UGCCCCUGUAGGCUGCGGUUCGGUUCAUAUAAAUCCUUUCCUUCAUUUCCUGGUGACUGGGAAAAAUCUCCCUUCUUCACUCUCUCCAUCAUCUUCUUUCACUGUUCAUCUCUCCCUCGGCGACCUUCUCAGCUCAGUGGCUUCAGUUAUAAUCAUGGCUGAUGGGUCGUCCCAUCCAUCUAUAUUUCAGAAAAUACAUGGGCAGUCCUGCCUCAUUUCUAAGCUUUCUCCCAACUUGAAGAGCAGAAACUAUGGUUUAACUGGUGCUUAUGCAAAUGGAGGCUUGCAAGGCCCCUUGCUGCCAGCAGGCCAAAGCACUGCCCUUGCACAGCUCUCACUGGUGUCUCCCAUUUUGGCACAGGCUCCGGCAGAGAAAGGGGCAGCUGGUUUUGCUAUUGAUUUCCUUAUGGGAGGUGUAUCUGCUGCUGUCUCUAAAACAGCUGCUGCUCCAAUUGAGCGUGUUAAACUACUAAUCCAGAAUCAGGAUGAGAUGAUCAAGGCUGGUCGGCUUUCUCAACCAUACAAGGGAAUAACUGACUGCUUUGCCCGAACAAUUAAGGAUGAGGGUCUCAUUUCUCUGUGGAGAGGAAAUACUGCUAAUGUUAUCAGAUACUUUCCUACCCAGGCCUUGAACUUUGCUUUCAAGGAUUACUUCAAGAGGCUUUUCAACUUCAAGAAGGACAGAGAUGGCUACUGGAAGUGGUUUGCUGGGAACCUGGCAUCAGGUGGUGCUGCUGGUGCUUCAUCUCUUCUGUUUGUUUAUUCCUUGGACUUUGCUAGAACACGUUUGGCAAAUGAUGGUAAGGCUGCCAAAAAGGGUGGGGAGAGACAGUUUAAUGGUUUGAUUGAUGUUUACAAGAAAACCCUAAAGUCUGAUGGUAUUGCUGGGCUGUAUCGCGGAUUUAAUAUCUCAUGUGUUGGAAUUAUUGUGUAUCGUGGGCUCUAUUUUGGAAUGUAUGAUUCUCUGAAACCUGUGGUUCUGGUGGGUAAGCUGGAGGAUAAUUUCUUUGCUAGUUUUUUGCUGGGAUGGGGAAUUACAAUUGGAGCUGGAUUGGCUUCAUACCCAAUUGACACAGUGCGCAGAAGAAUGAUGAUGACCUCAGGAGAAGCAGUAAAAUAUAAAAACUCUUUGGAUGCCUUUAAGCAAAUCAUCAAAAAUGAGGGUGCUAAAUCUCUAUUCAAAGGUGCUGGAGCAAACAUAUUACGUGCUGUUGCGGGUGCUGGUGUGCUUGCUGGCUAUGACAAGCUGCAAGUCAUUGUUUUUGGCAAGAAGUAUGGAUCUGGUGGUGGUGGUUAAUUGAUGUUAUGUUGAUGAAAAGUCGAAAACCUAGUGUUUGUUUAUGUCUAGUGUCUUGGUGGAAUAAUUUUAGAUGACAUAUAGUACUGUUAUGUUUACACGUUUAGGGAACUGUUACUAGAAAAUCGUAGGUGCAAGAAUGAAAUUUGAAUGUGGGUGUCAUCACUUGUGAGCUUUAAGUUGGUGUGUAUGGAGUUGCCUAUUUUUCGAUUAUCUGUGGUACAAGAAUGUAAUGCAGUUCUUUACUUCUUCUCUUACAGGCCAGGUAGAAUUUAUAUCCAAACUAAUGUGUGAUGGU